AUGGCUCAUCCUGGCUCUCUCUUGUUGGCCUGGCAAGUCAAAGACAAGCACUGUUUAGUGAUCGGAGGAGGCGAUGUUGGACUCAGCAGAGUUUACCACCUCAUUCGGGCCAACGCAAAGAUCACCGUCGUGACAGGUGACAAAACUCAUCCUGACCUUUUGGAGUUGAACAGCCAAGGCAAGAUCCACCUGUUGUUAGAGAGACCAUACCUGCUGCUGGAUCUCACAAUGUACGAACGCUCCUCAUCUUUUGAAGUUAAGUCGUAUAAGGACAUCGACGAAUUGCACUACAAACACAUCGACGAUGCUGUCAUGAACCAGCAGUUUGCGACUGUGUGUUGCUGCAUUGACGACCCGGUGGUAUCCACACAAGUUUACUACCAAUGUAAGUAUCUUAGGAUCCCGGUCAAUAUCGCCGAUAAACCACCGUUGUGUGACUUCUACUUUGGAUCAAUGUUCAACCAGGAUGCACUUCAGAUCAUGAUCAGUACCAAUGGCAAAUCUCCACGACUUCUGAAGAUGAUCAAGGACGACAUCGCCCGACAAUUUGCAGAUGUUAGACUCAAUAAUGCGGUGGACACAUUGGGAGCCAUUCGUGCGGGUCUCAGAGCGAAAAAGCUUCCUGACAAUUCGUUGGCUACGAUCGAUGCCCGCAUGCAAUGGAUCAAGACACUCACGGACUUCUUCACGCUUCGACAGUGGAGUUUGGUUAAGAUGGACGAAAGUGCUGUUGACAAGGUGAUCGAGACAUACCCUGAGUUUCCUCCUCGCGAUUAUGGCGAGUUUACUAACUUCAUCAGUAAUUAG